AUGGCGCCAGUUCAAUUAGCGGAGAAAGAUUUCGAAAGAGACGAAAAAUUCACAAAGGCAUUGCAUGGAGAGUCCUACAAAAAGACCGGUUUAUCGGCAUUGAUGGCCAAGUCCAAGGACGCCUCGUCGGUGGCCAGCGAAGGCUACUUCAAACACUGGGACGGCGGUGUGACUCAAGACGACGAGAAAAAGAGAUUGAGCGAUUACUCGCAAUUGACCCACCACUACUACAACUUGGUCACUGACUUUUACGAGUAUGGCUGGGGCUCUAGUUUCCAUUUCUCGCGUUACUACAAGGGUGAAGCGUUUAGACAAGCCACCGCGAGACACGAGCACUAUUUGGCGUACAAGAUGAACUUGGACGAAAACAUGAAGGUGCUCGAUGUUGGAUGCGGUGUCGGUGGACCCGGUAGAGAAAUCACGAGAUUCACCAACUGUGAAAUUGUCGGUUUGAACAAUAACGACUACCAGAUUGAAAGAGCCAACUAUUACGCCAAGAAAUACAAGUUGGACCACAAGUUAUCGUACGUCAAGGGUGACUUUAUGCAAAUGGACUUUGCCCCGGAAACUUUCGACGCUGUGUAUGCCAUCGAAGCAACCGUGCAUGCGCCAGUAUUAGAAGGGGUCUACUCGGAAAUCUACAAGGUGUUGAAGCCAGGCGGAGUUUUCGGCGUCUACGAGUGGGUCAUGACCGACGCCUACGAUGAAAACAACGAAGAACACAGAAAGAUCGCCUAUGGUAUCGAAGUCGGCGAUGGUAUCCCCAAGAUGUACAAGCGCGAAGUUGCCGAACAAGCGUUGAAAAACGUGGGUUUCCAAAUUGAAUACGAAAGCGACUUGGCUGACGUCGACGACGAUAUCCCUUGGUACUACCCCUUAGCGGGCGAAUUGAAGCACUGCCAAAGCUUAGGCGACUUGUAUACUGUGUUCAGAACUUCGAGAUUGGGAAGACUCAUCACCACUGAGGCUGUGGGGUUGAUGGAGAAAUUGGGCAUUGCGCCAAAAGGUUCCAAACAAGUCACGUUUGCUUUGGAAGACGCUGCUGUGAACUUGGUCGAGGGUGGCCGUAAAAAGUUGUUUACCCCUAUGAUGUUGUACAUUGCUAGAAAACCCGAGGAGAAAAUAUAG